UCCAAAUAAUAAUUCAGAUCCCAUGCAAUGUUACCAAAGACAGGUAAACUCAGCUUCAGAUAAUGUACAAAGAAUAGAGCCUGAUUCAUAUGAAAACAAUCCAAUACCAGGUUGCAGUAAAGAUUUUGGUGCAAUCUCUAGGCUUUCUUGCAACAAUGAGUUUCUCAGAAAAUAUAAAGAAGAAUCUGUAAGCAGCGAUAAAAAAAUGCAGGAAGAAGCUGUACAGAUUUGUAAUUUGUUACCUAAAUUCAAAUAUGACACUGUGUAUGCAACUCUGCAUAAGAAUGCCCAUGCGGAAAAUCGUGUGGUGCUUAGUCUAUGGGAUUUACUGCCGUACGCAAGACCCGUGGUAGAAGUCUUCAAAAAGUCUUCCAACAAUGAAAUUGUAGGUGUUAAUUCUGGUAACAGUUGCAAUCAGGUACCUUCCAAAUUAGCAACUGUCCAUCAGAGAAUUAUUGAUCGUCAAGAUAAUUCUAUGGUAUUGAUAAAUAAUGUUAAGCAAAAUAGGAAAGAAAUUAUUUGCAAUAAACAGCUGAAUGACGAUGUUGUAAUAGUCAAUGAUACGGAUGUAAAUAGUGAUUUGAAUAGAGAAAGUGUAUCAAAUAUUGUUGCUCUUGAAAAAGAUGCUACAUCACAUAUAAAUUUCAAAAAUAAGGAAAAAUUAAACUAUUCAAGAAAAGGUGCCAAAGUUCGAUCGAGGCAAAAUGGAAUACUGCAUCCAGCAAAAUUAGUACUGAAAAACAAGUCCUCUGUUGUCCAAUCAGACAUUUCAUGUAAAUCUCCUAUUUUAUCUCCAUCAAAAUUAACACAUGUUACCAGUAACAUGCACGAAAACCCAAACAGUAGAAAAAUACUAACACCUGUAAGAAAAUAUAAAGGUAACCAAUUGACAAAUAAGAAAUGGACACAAGGAAACGUGCUUCCAUCAAAUUCAAUGGGUAUGCCUAUAAAUAAUCCAAUCAAGGCCAACCAAAAGAUGUUAAACAAUUAUAUGCAUUACUUACGUUUCAUGCAAGGUGUCAAGAAACAGAAAUUGUUUGGAAAAUUACAAGAUUUUAAUGGAUCUCGAAAUGAGAUAAGACAAAUGUUUCUCCACCCAAAUUUAAAAAAUCCUAAUAUAAAUAUGUUACAACGUAUUAAUCAAAAAUCUUCUGCUAUGUCAACAUCUUAUAACACGUUAGAUAACACAUCAGCAAUAGAAUUCGAAGAUCUAACUGAAAAUGCAUCAAUUAGUAAAAUGUCUGAGACUUCUAUUGGUGCUUCAGAUACUGAAGUAGUUGAUAUAAUAGAGGAUCAAGAUUUACUUGAAAGUGCACCAACUAGCUUAGAAUCUGCUAAUCUAGUAAAUGCCACAGUAACAACUUCUGCUACACCGUGUGUCACAUCGGUAAUAGCAUCUGCUAAUGACGAAGUAUCUAACGAACCAUCAACUUCUGCUCAAUCUCAUAAAGAUUUAAAAUUUAUAUUUCCUGACAUUGAUAAGAACUUUAUCAAAGAAUUAUGUUCAGGCUAUUCUACCUCGAAUGAUUCAUCCGAAAUAUUACAAGAUUUAAGUGAUUAUAUACUUGAAAAUAUGAAGGAAUGCCCAGUUAAAAAAAAUAAUAAACAUAUUCAUAAAAAAGAAACUGAUAAUAUGGAGAAACAGGUUACAUAUUUGUCGGGUAUCUUUCCCAAAGCAGAUGUAACAUAUUUAUCUAAAUUUGUACAACGCGCGAAGGGCAAUGAAAAUGCCAUAAUUAAUUUUAUACAAUCCCAAUGUAAGAGUCCAACUUAUCCCACUAAAGAGGAGAAAUUAAGAAGGAUAAGAAUUACUGAACAGCAAAAGCAAUAUACGAGUAAUUUCGACACGAGAAAAUUUCUGAAAAUAUUGCCAGAUCCGUUCAAGCAUUUCGAAAACGUAAACAGACAGUGUAAAUUCAAUUCGGAUGCGUAUGAAUUCUUGAAAUCUCAUUUCCAGAAGAUACCGGAGGAAACUUUGACGAUUUCUUAUAAGAAUAACAAGUACAAUUUAUCUUUAACUGCACACUAUUUGGAACAGUUAAAUAAUGGUCCACCAUGCCAGACUGGAUUCUCAUGGGAAAGAAAUCCUUCGGAAGAUAUUCCUUUAUUGCAAGAAUGUGCAUUUAUCACACACAAAGUACAAAUCAGGGAUUGCAAGAAAAAACUACAGGAAGAGGAAUCUAGAGAAUUAGACAUAUUAAAGAGAAACAACGAACUUUUCGAAUGCCAGUGUUGUUAUGACACCGAAUGUGUGCCAACUAAAUGCUCGACUUGCGAUGAUGGACACAUAUUUUGUAAUCCAUGUGUUAUCAAGGGCACUGAAAUGAAAUUGUCGCAAGGAGAGACGCGUAUUUCGUGUUUCAUAAAUUGUGGCGCAGAAUUCAGCCUUUCUACCCUUCAAAGGAUAUUACCACCGACACAAUUUAGUAUUCUAAUUGGUAAGAUACAAGAAGCAGAGGUAAUGGCAGCUGGAUUAGAGGGUUUGGUUUCUUGCCCAUUUUGUCCUUUCGCGUCCAUACCGCCUGUGGAAGACAAAGUCUUUAAAUGCCUUAAUCCUGAAUGUAUGAAAGAGUCAUGUCGGUUGUGUAAAGAAUUAAAUCACGUACCGUUAAAGUGUUACGCAGAAAGAACUGACAAAGCACGCUUAUUUUUGGAAGAAAAAAUGACAGAAGCACUUGUGCGUAAAUGCAAGAGAUGUUCUCGACCAUACUUCAAGGAAGAUGGCUGUAAUAAAAUCACCUGUUCAUGUAGAGCCCAAAUGUGUUAUAUUUGUGAUGAAGAAAUCACAGGAUAUGACCACUUUGACAGGAUGAAUGUUCUCACUCAGAGAUUAUGCCCACUGCACAGUAACAGUGUUACAUUGAAUGACCAAACAGUUGAAGCAGUUGCUAACGAAACUUUAAAGUACAUAGCAGAAAAAGACCCUAAUGUAAAGGUAGACAUGUCCUCUCUCGUGAAAACUGGUAAAUCUACAAUUUAUACUGCUGAUGUUUUGGAACGAGUACAGAAAAUUGCGAACUUUAACAAAUAG